AUGUAUCCUAUGGAAGGGCCCUCAAUUACGAUCGAUGGUGCGACCUUCCAAGGAACGGUUUCUGGCACAACAGAGAAGUUCCUGGGUGUCCCUUUUGCCCAACCUCCCAUUGGCAAUCUUCGCUACCGCUUGCCUCAGCCUAUCACCUACUCCGCGGGCACCUAUGAUGCCACAGAAUAUGGACCUGCCUGCGGCCAGCAAGUCGUCAGGCUACCACUCAAUGGCAUAGUUGGUGACAUCGCCAACGCCAUUGUGGAAACAGCUUUUGGGAAAAUCUUUCCUGACAACGAAGAUUGCUUGACGGUGAACAUUGUCAGGCCUAAGGGCACGCUUCCGACAGCGAAGCUUCCUGUCGUUGUCUGGAUCUUUGGCGGUGGCUUUCAACUCGGAUCACCAUCGAUGUAUGAUGGCGGAGUCGUUGUUGAUCGGUCCUUGCAGCUCUCACAACCUGUUGUAUAUGUCAGCAUGAACUACAGGUUGACAGGCUUCGGGUUCCUUGCGAGUCAGGAAGUUAAAGAUGCUGGAGUCGGCAACCUCGGACUUCAUGAUCAGCGCCAGGCGUUGAGAUGGGUGAACAAGUACAUCAGCCAAUUUGGUGGGGACCCUACCAAAGUUACAAUUUGGGGGCAAUCCGCCGGCGCUAUAUCCGUGUCCUUGCAGAUGCUUGCCAACGGCGGAAACACCGAGGGUUUGUUCCGGGCUGCCUUCAUGCAAUCCGGCGCUCCUGUUCCCGUCGGAGAUAUCGCCAACGGUCAACCAUAUUACGACGCCCUCGUCCGGGAAACUGGAUGUGCUGGUUCGGCUGACACCCUCCAAUGCUUGAGGACUGUUCCAUACGCCACUUUGAAGGAAGCCAUCAAUAAUUCUCCUGGCGUUUUCAGCUACCAGUCUUUGAGGCUUGCUUGGUUACCGCGUGUUGAUGGGGUGCUCCUAACUGAUCAACCUCAACGGCUUGUGCAGCAAGGCAAGGUAGCGAAAAUACCUUAUAUCACUGGCAAUUGUGACGACGAAGGCACCCUGUUCUCGCUGCCGACUCUGAACAUCACUACUACCACGCAAUUCAAGAAUUACAUCAAGAACACGUUCCUCACCGGCAUUACCGACGCUCAGGUCAAUAGAAUUGCCGAGUUGUAUCCCCCCGAUAUCACCAAAGGCUCUCCUUUCGACACCGGCAUUCUCAACGCUGUGACUCCUCAAUUCAAACGUUUGUCGGCCUUCUUCGGAGACGGUGUGUUCCAGGCUCCACGUCGAUGGCUUCUCGAUCACACAGCUGGCAAACAAGACGUGUGGGCAUAUGUCAGCAAACGUUUCAAGGUUAUCCCUGUUCUAGGAUCUUUGCACGCACACGAUAUCCUCAAUUAUGCCGGAGGAGACAUGGGGGACCACCUUAUCCGCUUCGCCAAUAAUCUCAACCCCAACGGGCCGUCCGGCUACCAGUGGCCGAAGUACACCCUUGCCACCCGCCAGCUCGCCACCUAUCGCGAUGGCCUCGUCAAAUUAUCGACCUCAACCGAUAAUUACAGGAAGGAGGCCAUGGAAUACAUUAAUGCGGCCAGUCUUGAAAAUCCUGUCUAA